AUGCGCGGAUUGUCUCGAUAUAUAUCUGAGCUGCAGUCAUGUAGCUCUCUAGAAGAAGAACAUCAGUGUGUGCGCCGAGAAAUGAUUCAUGUGCGGUCCAAAUUGAUAUCCUCUGGCUCCAAGUCGGAUCGAUAUGAGCAGAAGAAGUCGGCCGCCAAGGUUAUUUUCACUCGCUUGCAGGGAUUUCCUGUUGAUGGCAUUUCUUUGGAGCCUUAUGCGCUCAUGUCAAGUCCCAAAUAUUCUGAGAAACAAAUGGGCUAUUUGGCAUGGACAACAUGCUUUGCGGAUUGUCCUGAGGUGCUCGUGCGCGCUCUGUCAAUCGUCCAAAAAGACCUCGCGAGUUUGAACGAAUCAGAUACUUGCCUUGCGUUACAAGCCGUGUCUUGCAUGAGCUCCCGGGUAUUGGCACGACAACUGGGCGAGGAGGUACUCAAGUUGCUGAUUUCUCACACAUCAUCAGUACCUGUGCGCAAAAAGGCAGCUUGUGUGGCGCUGUCGUUCUACCGGAUGGACCCGUCUUUUGUGGAUCUUGCCGAGUGGCUCGACCGCAUUGCACCUCUCUUAGAGCAUCCCCAACUCGGAUUGGCACAUUGCGCAUGUCUGUUAGCCAUGGAACUGGUGCGCAAUGCGCCAUCGUCAUUCUCUCUGUUUUAUAAGCAUGCCAUUGAUGCGUUAAGCGCAAUCCUUUUGCAGAAUGACGUUCGCCGCGACUAUGUCUACCACCGAGUACCAGCACCCUGGCUCCAAGUCCAGCUACUUGCUCUUCUUCGCUUGUAUCCGAGGCAGCCUGUGUUGGAUGCGGACUACAAAAUCAAGCUACAUGAUAUCCUUACGUUUAUAUGGAAGCAGGAUGUUGCUCUUGCUGCCAAAGCAGACGUGCAUGAAGCCAAUGCACGAUACUCUGUGCAACUUGAAGCGAUGCGCCUCGUUGUUCACCUCGACGCCAGCUCUCCAUUGGUUAGCCGAUUCACGUCAAGUUUGGGCCAGCUGCUGACGUCGCCUGAAACCAAUGUUCGAUACCUGUCAAUGGAGAUCAUGGCCCACUUGGCGCAACGAAUUCCAUCACUUUCACCGAUCAAUCUGCACCGUGACGUAAUCUUCGUUGCUCUUGGUGAUACUGAUAUUAGUGUGCGCCGUCGAGCGCUGGAUUUACUUUAUGCAAUGUGCGACCGCACGAAUGUGCGGCAGAUUGUGCGACGACUCCUGGACUACUUGGUCGUCGCUGAGCCAAGCUUGCGGCAGGAUUUGACACUCAAGAUCUCCAUACUUGCUGAACUGCACACGAGUGAAUCUUCGUGGUAUAUUGAUACGACCCUUGAGCUGCUGCAUGUGGCCGGCAGGCAUGUGAGCAACACGACUUGGCAACGAAUUCUGCAAGUCGUCACGAACCAUCCCAAAGUGCAUGUGUAUGCCGUGGAACAAAUCAUAAUGUAUCUGCAGCAGGCGUUGUGUCACGACUCGUUAGUCAAGCUGGGCGCAUACUUGUUGGGCGAAUAUGGCUACGUUGUAGCAAACCGGCCUGGAUGCACACCUAUGGAUCAGUUUCAGCUGCUCACCCGGCACAUGCUAUCAUGCACAGCGAUGACCCAAGCGAUGUGCAUGACCACAUACGCGAAAUGGGCCGGCAUGUACCCUGAGAUGCAGACCACAUUGCUCACAACACUGCAGCGGUACGUGCACGUCUUGCACAUGGAAACGCAACAGCGGGCUUCUGAAUACGCACAGCUCAUUUUGCUUAGCAUGAGAGAGAAACUGGACUUACAAGAUGUGCUCGAUGAACUCCCGCCCUUCAACGAGUCGCAACUAGGUGGCACAAAUGCAUCUGUGAAUGGAAUCUUGGAGCCGAAUCGGCGUGUCUCAGCAGUGCCUGUGGUAUCCUCUGUCCGCCGUGGCGAGGCAAAGUACACUCAGAACGAUGCUUCUUCGCGGCACAGAUUGCCUGCGUUGACGUCUGUGCUCCCUGAGUCGACGUAUACGGCGCCCGUCGCAACAAUAGCACCAGUACCGGUUGCGAAUACGACAAGGAGGUCGGUGUCGUCAGUCUUAUCUUCACCAGAUCAUUCAUCAUUACUCACGUCCUCGCCAACAGUCUAUACGGGCGAUCUGUCCAUGGAUUUACUUGAUCUUCAGAGCCUUCAUAUGACAUCCCCCCACACCGACGUGCCAGAACAGCCGUGGGCGACUAACACGGGCAUGGUGGAUAGCUCACAAGCACUGUUGACGGAGCAGACGACAAAAACGGCAUCGUCUCUGCCUUUGAACCAUUCGUGCCACGAAAGACAUGAAUCACACGAGCAAAAAUGCUCAAGGACCUUCUUUCCUUCGCCCUCACACUCUCCCUGGCAUUCCCCGUCGCAGUCCAUGCUGCCAUUAGCUACCCAGCAGUCUCCAACUCGGUCCCCAUUACGCUCUUUGUCGGAAUCCUCUUCGCACCCGGUGCCAUCGCCUCCUUCUCCCACACAAUUUCUCUCACGCUCACGGUCCUGGACCCUGCCUCAGUCGCUGUCCCUAUCGCCGCCACCGGCAUCGACGUCUCCAACGACUUCCUCGAUACCUGUCCCCGCACCAGCCGUCUCUGUGGCGCUGCCGUUUCUUCCAUCACCUCUGACAAAUACCCCGGCGUCACCUGCGCAGAGGCCAUGCUCAUUACCCUCUACCACUGGGAGUCUACAUCAUCUUUACAUUGACAUGCCGUUCAUGCUCUUGUUUGCCGAGCGUGGUACACUGCAUGAGACCAAGACCGAACGACUCACAUUUGCACGUGAGCGUCCUAAGGCCACAAUGAGGGAUGCGCGCAUCCUUUGCACUCUUAGCAUUACAAACAAGACAAAGUCUACGCUGCUUCACAUACAGGAUGUUCAUGUGCACGGGCCUGUUCAGUCACGUGUCAUAACGCCACCUGUCGAGAGUCCAUCAGGGUCCAAAAGACCGACCACUGUGGCACCACAAGGCACCAAGGGCAUCUCCAUCGAGUUCGCUUGCGUCAAACCUUUCGUAGACACGCCCCAGGUCGAUAUCGAAUGGCGUCAAGCCCGAGCUUGA